GUAAUAUUAGUUUCAUAAGGGCAGGCCCAAUAAGCCCAGCCCAACCAUACAUACUAACAUAAUUAACAUAACUGCCUGGCGAAUCACCAGUGGUCAACUCAUCCACAUCCCUUCCCCAUUACAAUGAGUGCCAGACUGACCUAUUACCCGGUGGAAAAAAGGAAGAAGGAGCCAUUUUCCGUCGAGGUGACCCAGUCGCGCAGAAACAUUAAGCCGCUAGGCUCCGCACAUAAGGCGAAGUCGAAGGAGAUCAACGGACCAGAUCCUAUUGCUUCUGCUCCUCCUGCAGCUGCUCCUCCUGCUGCUGCUCCUGCUCCUGGUGCACAACGAAAAUCUGUGCACAAAUGCCGACACAACAAUGCGGCGAUCCAACGGGAAUUGGAUGCCGUGGCGACCGCGGCCGCGGCAGCCGUGAGUCGCUGGAAGAAAAGCCCCGGGCAACCGCAGGCACAGUCUCAAGGCAAAUUCCACACCGAUGCGAAGGCCCAUGCUCAGACUGCGAUUCAGACCCAGAAAGACAACAUCAAAGAUAGCCCCCCGAGGAUGAUGCAAAAGUCCAAGAGCCAAAUACCGAUUGCACAGAAUCGGUUCUCAAGCAAGAUUUGCCAAGAGAAGAAAUCCAAAGAGAAACACCACAGCAUGCUCUGCAUCACAAGAGAUACGUUUCCCUCAGAUGCGAAGCAUCGCCAACAGAUGGAGAUUCUUCAGAGGGAGGAAGGUCGGCAGAUGAAACAGGAGCUCGAGCUACAGGACACCCAGCGCCGCCGCAUUGAGGCGGAGAACGAUCCCUUGAAGGAGACAACUGAACAGGAGUCCAUGACGAUCAAGGAAAUAGAACGAAAGGUGUGUGAGCAUACUGAGAAGAAGGCGGAUGAAUCGUUGUCCAAGGGUCAGCAUAAUGAUUCGACCACCUAUGCGAACGUUAGCUUCCACUCUAAAAAGCUGAUCGGAUCGGCGCAUUCUUCCAUUCAGACCCAGAAGGACAACAUCAAAGAUAGCCCCCCCAGGAUGAGGCAAAAGUCCAAGAGCCAGAUGGAUGCUAAAGCGCCUAUUCCACAGAAUCGGUUCUCAAACAAGAUGUGCCAAGAGAAGAAAUCCAAAGAGAAACACCACAGCAUGCUCUGCAUCACAAGAGAUACGUUUCCCUCAGAUGCGAAGCAUCGCCAACAGAUGGAGAUUCUUCAGAGGGAGGAAGGUCGGCAGAUGAAACAGGAGCUCGAGCUACAGGACAACCAGCGCCGCCGCAUUGAGGCGGAGAACGAUCCCUUGAAGGAGACAACUGAACAGGAGUCCAUGACGAUCAAGGAAAUAGAACGAAAGGUGUGUGAGCAUACUGAGAAGAAGGCGGAUGAAUCGUUGUCCAAGGGUCAGCAAAAUAAUUCGACAACCUAUGCGAACGUUAGCUUCCACUCUAAAAAGCUGAUCGGAUCGGCGCAUUCUUUCAUUCAGACCCAGAAGGACAACAUCAAAGAUAGCCCCCCCAGGAUGAGGCAAAAGUCCAAGAGCCAGAUGGAUGCUAAAGCGCCUAUUCCACGGAAUCGGUUCUCAAGCAAGAUUUGCCAAGAGAAGAAAUCCAAAGAGAAACACCACAGCAUGCUCUGCAUCACACGAGAUACGUUUCCCUCAGAUGCGAAGCAUCGCCAACAGAUGGAGAUUCUUCAGAGGGAGGAAGGUCGGCAGAUGAAACAGGAGCUCGAGCUACAGGACAACCAGCGCCGCCGCAUUGAGGCGGAGAACGAUCCCUUGAAGGAGACAACUGAACAGGAGUCCAUGACGAUCAAGGAAAUAGAACGAAAGGUGUGUGAGCAUACUGAGAAGAAGGCGGAUGAAUCGUUGUCCAAGGGUCAGCAAAAUAAUUCGACAACCUAUGCGAACGUUAGCUUCCACUCUAAAAAGCUGAUCGGAUCGGCGCAUUCUUCCAUUCAGACCCAGAAGGACAACAUCAAAGAUAGCCCCCCCAGGAUGAGGCAAAAGUCCAAGAGCCAGAUGGAUGCUAAAGCGCCUAUUCCACAGAAUCGGUUCUCAAACAAGAUGUGCCAAGAGAAGAAAUCCAAAGAGAAACACCACAGCAUGCUCUGCAUCACAAGAGAUACGUUUCCCUCAGAUGCGAAGCCUCGCCAACAGAUGGAGAUUCUUCAGAGGGAGGAAGGUCGGCAGAUGAAACAGGAGCUCGAGCUACAGGACACCCAGCGCCGCCGCAUUGAGGCGGAGAGCGAUCCGAAAAAGCUGAUCGGAUCGGCGCAUUCUUCCAUUCAGACCCAGAAGGACAACAUCAAAGAUAGCCCCCCCAGGAUGAGGCAAAAGUCCAAGAGCCAGAUGGAUGCUAAAGCGCCUAUUCCACAGAAUCGGUUCUCAAACAAGAUGUGCCAAGAGAAGAAAUCCAAAGAGAAACACCACAGCAUGCUCUGCAUCACAAGAGAUACGUUUCCCUCAGAUGCGAAGCAUCGCCAACAGAUGGAGAUUCUUCAGAGGGAGGAAGGUCGGCAGAUGAAACAGGAGCUCGAGCUACAGGACACCCAGCGCCGCCGCAUUGAGGCGGAGAACGAUCCCUUGAAGGAGACAACUGAACAGGAGUCCAUGACGAUCAAGGAAAUAGAACGAAAGGUGUGUGAGCAUACUGAGAAGAAGGCGGAUGAAUCGUUGUCCAAGGGUCAGCAUAAUGAUUCGACCACCUAUGCGAACGUUAGCUUCCACUCUAAAAAGCUGAUCGGAUCGGCGCAUUCUUCCAUUCAGACCCAGAAGGACAACAUCAAAGAUAGUCCCCCGAGGAUGAGGCAAAAGUCCCAGAGCCAGAUGGAUGCUAAAGCGCCUAUUCCACGGAAUCGGUACUCAAACAAGAUGUGCCAAGAGAAGAAAUCCAAAGAGAAACACCACAGCAUGAUCUCCAUCACAAGGGAUACGUUUCCCUUAGAUGCGAUGUAUCGCCUACAGAUGGAGCUUCUUCAGAGGGAGGAAAGGCGCCAAAUGCAACGGGAGCUCGAGCUAAAGGACAACCAGCGCCGCCGCAUUGAGGCGGAGAACGAUCCCUUGAAGGGGACAACUGAACAGGAGUCCAUGACGAUCAAGGAAAUAGAACGAAAGGUGUGUGAGCAUACUGAGAAGAAGGCGGAUGAAUCGUUGUCCAAGGGUCAGCAUAAUGAUUCGACCACCUAUGCGAAAAUUAGCUCAGAUGAGAAGCAUCGCAUUCAGAUGGAGAUUCUUCAGAGGGCGGAAAGGUGGCAAAUGCAACGGGAGCUCGAGCUAAAGGACAACCAGCGCCGCCGCAUUGAGGCGGAGAACGAUCCCUUGAAGGAGACAACUGAACAGGAGUCCAUGACGAUCAAGGAAAUAAAACGAAAGGUGUGUGAGCAUACUGAGAAGAAGGCGGAUGAAUCGUUGUCCAAGGGUCAGCAUAAUGAUUCUACCACCUAUGCGAAAAUUAGCUCAGAUGAGAAGCAUCGCCUACAGAUGAUGAUUCUUCAGAGGGCGGAAAGGUGGCAAAUGCAACGGGAGCUCGAGCUAAAGGACAACCAGCGCCGCCGCAUUGAGGCGGAGAACGAUCCCUUGAAGGAGACAACUGAACAGGAGUCCAUGACGAUCAAGGAAAUAGAACGAAAGGUGUGUGAGCAUACUGAGAGGAAGGCGGAUGAAUCGUUGUCCAAGGGUCAGCAUAAUGAUUCGACCACCUAUGCGAAAAUUAGCUCAGAUGAGAAGCAUCGCCUACAGAUGAUGAUUCUUCAGAGGGCGGAAAGUUGGCAAAUGCAACGGGAGCUCGAGCUAAAGGACAACCAGCGCCGCCGCAUUGAGGCGGAGAACGAUCCCUUGAAGGAGACAACUGAACAGGAGUCCAUGACGAUCAAGGAAAUAGAACGAAAGGUGUGUGAGCAUACUGAGAAGAAGGCGGAUGAAUCGUUGUCCAAGGGUCAGCAUAAUGAUUCGACCACCUAUGCGAACGAUAGCUUCCACUCAAAAAAGCUGAUCGGAUUGGAGCAUGCCCCGGGACAGGACAACGACAGCAAGAUUGCCGACUACUUUCUCAAAUACACCCCCCCGAAGCAGAUUUGUGAAGAUCUGGAGCGAGCGAAUGAACUUAAUCGGGGGCACGACCGCAUAUACGAGUUGUUUUGGUUGGAUGAGCGAAGGGAGGAGGAAAAAUAUCGCCGGAUGUUGGCCCAAGAUGUCCAAGAAGAACUCCCAGUUCACAGCUGCGAGUCGUGCCGCCAUCGCCACCAUAAACACAACCACAAUGCUCGCUUUGAUAACUUGAGGCCCACGGAGGACGACAUUCAGGAGGCGGACUCAUCGCCGGAGAGCAACUGAUAUGUCCUUGAAUAUUUGUCCCAGUCUUGACGCAAUAUACAUACAUAUAUUUUGAAACGCGAA